AUGGCUGGCGCCGACACGAGGCUGGCAGCCAGCGCUCUGGCAAUCGCACUGGUGGCACUACUCAUUGCACUCUGUCAGCUUCUGCAGCAGUAUUUCGCAACCGCAGAUGGCUAUAGACGGUGCCAGAAACGUGUCAUGGGGCCCUGGGCAUCCAGAACUCGUUUACAUUUUCGAAAAAGCGAAUUUCGGUUUGAGACUCUAUUUACCACACCAGAGAUCUACUUGACUGGCGAUGGUGCACCUGGAAAGUUUGGAGAGUUCAUUAUCGACGGUAGCCCUGAAUCUCGAAGGCGGACUUUCACACCAACACACGCAUUCCAGAGUGAAGUCUAUACGAGAGGACUACCUGCUUGGAACAGGGCAUGGAGCUCGCACACUGGCGAUGCGCACCCCGGCUCUGGACGCUUCAAUGACGACGUAGUAUGCUGGCUGCCGUUUCUUUAUUGGAUUCAUAAUACGUCAGAAGCGGCUAUGCCUCCUGAGCAGCGCCACACUUUCGGGCCACCGCUUCGUGUCAGGAUUCCAGCUCUAGUUUUUCGCGAACGAUCAUGGGAUUUUCAGCCGCCAGAUGUUGUCCGUCCAUUUGCAAAGAGCACGGUCUCCGAUAUAGCAAUCAUUGCCCGGCGUAUGGGGAUGAAAUGGAAGGAUUUUCGUCCUGCGGAUGGUAUUAUGAGGGCUGAGGGGCACUCACAUAUUAUAACUUCCACGGUGAUAAGAUCUCUCGGGAUUUUGCUUCAGUACAGCUACACAGGGCAGAAUCAACGCCUCAGGUAUGCUGAAUUCAACCUGGGUCGUAUAGCCCCAGGAUCUAUCGACAAAGAACAGGAGGAGGUAUAUAUCCCCAGAGCAAGGGCUGAUCGACUUGGGUGUGGGGUCAUUCGUCCCGAACCUCAAUUGUGUGUCCCGGAUUUCACUGUUGGGACACCACAAGAAAUUGCCAUUGCCCUCGAUUCCUUAGACACAUCUGGUCAAUCAUUUGCCAUCCUGAGGGAUAUGCAAAUAAAAGACCCUGAUCUUCGGUUUCGGGUUGCAGAUAUCGUUGCAAUGUCAGCGAGCAUGAUACACCAUCGCGGAUCAGAUCUAGUCCAGAUACCUGCGCCAAGUGACAAUGUGAAUGGUUUUACUACAAGUCCAGUGGGUCGCCGUGCUUUCCGGUCAUGCCUUGAGAGCUACGUGAAGAAUCAUGCGCACGUUGGAUUAAAAACGAAGGAAGUUUUACAGACGUGUCGUGAACUGAAAAAUAGGUAUACGGAAUGGGAGGGCCAGGGUCAGUCGUGGAUUGUCAGACAACGUCCUAUAUAUCUGGACACUCUGGAUAGUCAAGUUGAAUCUUUGACGACCUACCUCGGCAACCUUGCGCGUGAUAAAGCACCCUUCCUCUACAUUAAUCUUCUUGGCGCUCAUAUUCGCUUUGCCGUUUUCCGUUCUGAUGGAGAAACGUCUCCGAUGAAGGCAGAGGCGCCAAACUAUAAAGAAGACAUGAAAGGUUAUUUUGACCAGCUACCCGAAAUUGUGAGGCACAUGGAGACCACUGGGGUCAAAAGCUUGGAUGCUAUAGAUGCGUGGGCUGCGAUGAUGUUGCGGGCAUGUUGCUGGGGUGCCUGCCACUUCUUUGUCCCUGGCGAAAGAGUCCCAAUGGCGUACUAUGGCAGUCAAUUGCCUGUAUACAUUGGCUAG